UCAAUUAUUCAUGCGCUAAGAGCCCCUACUUUUCGCUCAACCUCCAUUUUCUCUCUUUCACCUUUGGCCGUUUGACGCAGACCUACCUAACCAACAGUUGACGGGGAAAGAAGAUAGAAUAUGGAUUCACGAGUAGAGACUAUCUCAAGACUUGCUCAAUGGAGGAUCGAGAACUUUGGCCCUGGCACUUACAGGAAAUCCGACCCUUUCAAGGUCGGUAUUUGGAACUGGCACCUGUCUCUCGAGAGGAAUCGGUGUAUGUACAUUCGUCUCUUUCCAGAGACUUCUAAGCUGUGCAGAGAUCAGCCUCCCAUCGCAAGAUUUGUUCUUCGAGUCUCUAGUUCUGGCGGCAAUCGUAAACCGAUAAUUUUGUCCGUUCAUGAGAGACUUCUGCGUACAUCUGGAGAUUUUGUUUGGCCUGUUGAUUCCUUGUUCCAUGGACGAAUCAUUAUUGAUGUUGAGUUUCUGGAUCUUAAGGUGUAUCCUGUCAAUGGUGGAGAAGCCGGUUCUGUAUGGCCCAGUGAUGGUUCAGUGCAAUCUAUCUGUACUCAAAGCACUCUUAGAUGCCUUGCUCUCAUGCUUGAGGAUAGCAUCCAUGCAGAUGUUAGCAUUCACACUGCUGAGGGCACUCUUAGAGCUCACAAGGCAGUUCUCUCUGCAAGUUCACCUGUUUUCCGAAGCAUGUUCCACCAUGAUCUCAAGGAAAAGGAAUCAUCCACAAUUUACAUUGAGGAUAUGUCACAGGAAUCUUGUAUGGCCCUCCUCAGUUACUUGUAUGGAACUAUAAAGCAAGCGGACUUUUGGAAGCACCGGCUGGCACUUCUGGGAGCAGCAAACAAAUACAACAUUGUAGACCUGAAAGAUGCUUGUGAGGAGAGCCUCAUAGAAGACAUAAACUCAGAGAACGUCCUUGAGAGGUUGCAGGAAGCCUGGCUUUAUCAGUUAAACAAGCUGAAGAAAGGAUGCUUGACGUACUUGUUUGAUUUUGGCAAGAUACAUGAUAUUAGAGAUGAAAUUGAUAACUUCUUCAGGCAGGCGGACAGAGAACUGGUGGUGGAAAUGUUCCAAGAAGUUCUGGCAGCUUGGAAACCAAUAUAAUAUCUUGGAGACCUUCCCUUAUGGGAUAGGAACCGGUAAACCUUGGUUCUUGUAGCUAUACGGUUGGACAUAGUGUUUGGCUAAUAUUAAUUGAAAACCAAAAGCUGGGCUGUAUGUAUCAGAAUCCUAGUUUAAGCCAUGGUUAGAUUGCUCUUUCAAAAACUGAUGUAAAUAAUUCUUUCAAAUCCUUUUUCCUUACUUUCAAGCCA